GGUGCACUCAUUUUUAAGAAGCCGGCUACACACUGUGUGCAGUAUAUUACGCAGAAGCACAUGCCACGUUUGUUGCUUCUGCUAAUGAGUAAAUAAGAUUGAACACGCAAGCGCAAAACGGAAUUUACAACAUGGCGGAACGUAGGAAAAGCAGGAAACGCAAAGAUCAGGAAACAUCAAAUGUAGAUAACGAAGUUAUUCAAGAAAAACCAUCUAAAGAAGAAUAUGCAGUAGCCAAAUGGAUUCGUAACAAUGUACCUUCAAAAAAAACAAAAUUUGAUAGAAGUCACAAUGUUGAAUACUUUACUGGUUCACGUGCAGUGGAUGCUUUAUUGGAGAAUUCACCAUGGAGUAAAACCAAAUUUGAAAAACGUAAACAAGUUACAGAAUUUCUUGACUUGAUGUUGAGACAUAAAUUCUUUCAUCGAGCAAAAAAAGUAGUAAUCUCCGAAGAAGAAUUAUAUAAAAUUCGUGGAAUAAAAAAAAAGGUUAAAGAAAUUAAAAAAGAAAAGAAAUCUGAAAAAGAAAAAGAAGAACCUAAAGAAAACAAAGAUACAAUAAGUGAAAAAGAUAAUGAAGAUAAAACUGAAGAAAAAAAGAAAAAACCAAAAGUACGUUUGGAGAUGCAUAUGGAACAAUAUUUUGUAGAUUGCAAUGAUGCUUAUGUUUGGAUAUAUGAGCCAAUUCCCAUAUAUUACUGGUUCUUUGGAACACUUGUAGUUUUGGGUGCAAUUGGUGUUUGCCUUUUCCCAUUGUGGCCAUUAACAAUCCGUCAUGGUGUAUAUUAUAUAAGUGUUGCAGCUGCUGGAUUCCUUGUAUUUAUUUUGGCAUUAGCAAUUAUUAGAUUAAUUGUAUUUUGCCUUCUUUGGGUUCCAACACUUGGCAGAUGUCAUCUUUGGCUUUUGCCUAAUUUAACUGCAGAUGUUGGAUUCUUUGCUUCAUUCUGGCCACCUUAUCAAUAUGAAUAUUAUGGCUCUACAUCUGAAAGUGAUAGAAAAGUUAGUAAAAAAAAGAAAAAGAAGGAGAAAGAUUCUGAUACCGAAGAAACACCAACACAAUUAGAAGAGAAACCUAGUAUCAAAGAAUUAUCUAAAGAACAUACUCACAUCGAAGAAAUUUCGUCUAGCGAAGAAAAUAAACUUCCUUCUGCAUUAGAAGGUGAAGAAGGUAGCGAAGGUUCAGAAAGUGAAAAAUCUAACACAGGUCGAGAUUUUGUUAUGGUUUAGAAGAGGAAUUGGCAAUAAAUAGUUUUUGUUUAUCUUUAAUAACUACCAUGCUAAUAAUGGUUGAAUCUUAUCAAUUCUAAUUAAAAAUCGUAUAUAGAUCCAUAAGUAAAAUAUUUCUGUAUAAUUUUUAACUUUUGGAAGUAAGGUUUAUUUUGUGACAAAAAUUUUGAUUUUUUAACAUCAUACAAAAUAAAAAGGAAAUACGGUACAUAUAAAAGAGAAAAUACAGUAUAUAAAUUCUAUAAAUUCAAUUCAUUUGUUGUUUAUACUAAUAUUUUUGCAUUUUUUGCAUUUAGAAUGUUAUAGUUAAUUGAACAAGAAAAUUGUACGUGUAUUUUACACAAAGGACAUAUUUAUAAAUUAUGGUGUACCAACAAAGAAAUGAUAGAAUAUCAAUUUUAAGAUUCCAGUUAAAUGGAAAUUCAUGUGUUAAAAAUGUAUUUUAUUUAAAUUAUUAUUAAUCAACAUUCAUUUAAUUGUGUACACCUUACUUACAAAAAACUUUUCUUCUACAUUUUAUAAGAAUGUAUAAUUAUGUUGAUAUAUAUAGGUGCCUGAGGUUUGCCCAAAUUAGUUGAAAAUUGAUAUUAUUUGAUACUUUUACAUCUUUUACAUUAUAACAUACAACUACUAGAUAUAUCAACAUAAAUGAUUAAAUUUCAAUAAUUGAUUUUCUCAGGUUCCAAAAUUGUACAGUUGAUAAAUAGAAUCUCCAGAAACAAGAUUAUAAAAUUAUUUCGAUCAAUUGUUACACUGUCUGCAAAUUCAUUUUUAGCAGAACCAAGACUUGAGAUUUCACAGAUUUCUCUUAUACAGUAAACUGUAAUUUAUAUUUUUAUGUAAAAAUUCCAAUGAUAAUAAUUAUUGCUAUUAUUAUUGUAAUUAUUACUAUUAUUAUUACAGAAUAAUCAUCUUGAUCAUUGUAGGUGCGCGAAUCGUGACUCUAACUAUAUUAAAAUAAAUGAUAGAAAAUAUAUAUUUGAUAACAAUAUAUAUGUAUAUUUAUAUAUUGUUAUCAAAAAAUAUGAAAAAUAUAUUUAAAUAUUUCAUAAAUAAUAUUUCUUUGUAUGAUUGUAUGGUACAUUUAAUACUACUAAUUAUAAAGUUUACUUUAAUAAUUUGUAUUAAAAUCUUAAGAUAUGCUUAUAAUGGGGAUUUAUUUUAACUGUAUGAAAUUAAUGAAACUAAGUUUGGGUCACUCUUUGCAGCCAGUUUUAUUAUUAAAAUAAAAUAUAUUUAAGUUA